AUGCUUCGUUCAAUUGCCACCUUGUACGCCGGCCUCUGCGCUGUCAGAGUUGCGAGCGCGUCGCCAGUCGAGCUCAACGGCCGAGCGGACACUUGCAACCGCGACAACCUGCUGCGAUGCUUCGUCGACAAGCGCUACUCUGCCCAGGCGUCGGCGUAUUGCGGUCAGCUCACGCCAUACACGACGACGGUCGCGACCGUCACUGCCACGACGACCACCACCGCGUAUGAAAGCUCCGUGGUCAGCACCGAGAGCCAGACUCUCACGUCCACGACCACGGUCUAUACCGCCACGGUGCCGUCCGCGACUGUGACGGUCACGCGCGGAUAUGCGCCGGCUGGAAAGGUCAAGCGUGACGGUGCGCCGGCUCAGCCGCCGAGUUGCGCGACGAGCGGAGCGUAUCCCGCGGCUCGCAUUACUUCGGCCUGCGCCUGCAUUGAUGUGCCUGCCAGCACGGUCAGCGUCACAUACACUGCCGGAACUGCGACCGUCACCGCUACGAGCGUUGUCCCCCUGACUACCACGGCCACCGUGACGGAAUGGGUCACCACCUCCACGGCGACCACCAGCGGCGCCGCGACCGUCACCGUCGACCCCCCCACGCCGACCAACCUCAUCUCCAACCCGGGCUUCGAGCGCGGCCUCGAGGGCUGGAGCUGGUACAACAACAACCCCAACGGCUGGUCCGGCAGCGUCGUGGGCACCAACGCCGCCGACGGCAGCUACACCAACGCCAUGUCCGUCACCAACACGCAGUACCUGGGCUUCGGCGACCUGCGCACGUCGGUGCCCUUCACCCUCGACGCGGGCCGCACCUACCGCUGGAGCUUCCAGACGCGCAACUCGCAGGGCCGCGACCCGGCGGGCAACAUCUACGUCUCCAUCCAGAGCGACGGCUAUGGCGUGGCCAGCAGCAGCGCGACGGGCGGGCAGGCCAUCGGCAACGGCUGGUACCAAUACCAGGGGACGUUUACCGUCUCGAACUCCCUGGCUGGGCCCAAGGGCGUGUUUGUCCUGGGGGAGACGCGUAGCCAGUCUGCGAUUACGUGGUACUUUGAUAACUGUGUGGUGAUUGCUACGAACUAG